AUGGCUACCUCCCCUCCAUCUGAGGCACAGCAGGCCACUGUUCCAUCCUUGCCCCUGCCAGUGCCUCGCGUGCGACUUCGCUUGGACCGGCGGCUGCUCCUGGUCUAUGGGCUGCUGCUCUUGGAUGUCGUGAUGAUUGGGAUAACUUCACUGCAGCACGUAUGGCAGCCGGCUAAUCUUAUUGACAAGGUUCUUCAGAACCACAACGCUCCACUGCACGCAGACACGUCGCCUGCUCUGCAGCCGCAGCUGCCAGUGGCUGUCAAGCGGGAACUCGGGAUGUCUUGUUGCUGCGGCUGGCUGGCUUUGGCUGUAAUGGGUAUACUCUCCUUGCUUGUGUCUUAUUCACCAUCGUCUCUAGAUACUGUUGCCACGGCCCCAUCCGUGUCGGCCAAGGAGAGCUGUAGAGGUCAGGGCUCACCAACAACGACAACGGCCCGCCGUAGUCGUCCACUUGCUGUACAAACGAAGGACUCUGGAAAAUGCGCAGCGUGUUUGCGCACAGUAGAGGAGGUAGAGCUUCAGGUAAAGCUCAAGUACCUUCUUGUAGCGGUCGCGUCCUUUUGCGUAUUUUUUGCCCUCAACCUGAUCGUGCAGAUCCACGGGCGGUUCCAACAGAGCAAAGUGACUGUGGCUGCUCUUAAGACAUUCGCAGCGGAAAACACAGAGAAUGCGCAGAUGAUCUCUUCCCCUGGCCUGUACGGGCUCGAACAGAGAGACCCUCAGGGUUUCCCUUAUGAUGCGAAACAAAGCAACAGAGUGGAUGGGGUAUACAGCGCCUCUGAUGCCAAAGGUGGCGCGCAGCUGUUUGUUGGAGAGAUGCCAUCACAGGACACGUUCUUUCCUCAAGGCGUUCACCCUCAGUCCCCUUCAUACUUCUACUGGAGAGAUUUCCGCUUCUGGAUGGAGCUCGGGAGAGAGUGCUUUCUAGACGGAGAAAUUCAGCUCUCUGGCUUGUGGGUGGUGCUGCACUUGGCAGCGCUGUUGGGGGGCCGUGGCUUUCUUCACUCGCCCCCAGCAAUGCACGUUAGUGCAGAGUGA